CUUCCUUCUCACUAAAGCUGACACGCAUUCACCGGGCAGCUUGGCUCGUUUCAUGUGUCCUCACCCCGCCGCUUCACUUGUGUAGCUGCUGGUGCUGGUUUAUGAUCGGCUCUUUGCUCGGUAACGUGUCUCAGAGGGCGAAGAGCUUGUUGUACCGGGUGUCACUCGUGAUGAAGCCGCAGGUUGUGUUCGUGCUGGGCGGGCCCGGAGCCGGCAAAGGGACCCAAUGCUCCAAAAUCGUGGAGAAUUACAACUAUACCCAUUUGUCGGCUGGGGACUUGCUGAGGGCAGAGCGAUCCCGAGAGGAGUCAGAGUUUGGACAGCUCAUUGACAACUACAUCAAGGAGGGCAAAAUUGUCCCUGUGGAGAUCACCAUCAACUUACUCAGGAAGGCAAUGGAAGAGACCAUGCAGAAAGACGAUAAAAAGUUCCGUUUCCUCAUAGAUGGUUUCCCCCGUAACGAGGACAACCUUACGGGGUGGGACACGGUUAUGGUUGACAAAGCAGAUGUCAAAUUUGUGCUUUUCUUUGACUGCAGCAAUGAGGUUUGCAUCGACAGGUGUCUAGAAAGAGGGAAGAGCAGCGGACGCACAGAUGACAACAGAGAAAGCUUGGAGAAAAGAAUCCAAACUUACCAGCAGUCUACGCGACCAAUCAUUGAACUGUACGAGAAGCACGGCAAAGUGCGCACUGUAGACGCCUCUCGCUCCUUGGAAAAGGUCUUCGCAGAUGUGAAAGUUGUCCUAGACAAAGAGGGUUGAGGUUCCCCAGCUGCCAACAACAUUCACUUAUCUACUUUUUUUGUUUUCUUUGUAUCAACUGCAAGUGCACUAUAAUAAGUUGAUAUGUCCAUUCAUAUAACUUUGUUCCUGUUUGUUACAUAUUUCCAUCUAUUUUGUGUGUGUGUACAAUAUGUGUUGGUAUGAAUGAGAAGUAGCGUUACCGAACAUCUACUUAUGAUCAACUAGUUCAUGCUCAUCAUAGUUUGAGGCCUUUGCCUAAGAACUAAGUGUAUACUUAACUUAGACACUUCUUUUGUCAAAGCUCUAGCAGUUAAAGUCUGCACAAAAAUGUUAUCCUCAGAUCAUGUCAUUGGAAGCAGCCAUAAUGCUUCAGACCAAAUAGUUUGAUCUGCUGACGACCGACUGGAAAUGAUGUCAGACGAAACAUCCGAUGGCCUCCAAAUAAAAUGCAUGACACGUCCGUCUCGUGUUGAAUGGGCAAGACUGCAGAGCAGGUGCUUUUCUGCCAUGUAGUUAUCAGGUAGAUGUUUGUACCACAACGCCUCGAUGUGCUUCAUCACAGCUGGGACACUUGUGACUAAUCAGAGAGAAAACAUGAAGAGGAAAAUGUACUAUUUGUUAAAUCUGUACUGUAUCUGCUUGAUAGAAAAAGUAAAAACGAUUGCUUUCUC